UUUGCGUGACUUAUAUAUCAUAGACUCUGCAAAUUGUAAAAAAAUGUUGUUUUUAGGACGUUUUGACCAUGGGAGAUAAUCCAGGUUCAUAUGAAAAGUAUUAUUUGGAAACUGACGAAAUCAUUGACUGGAAAAAAGAAGCCAAUGCUGUCAUCCAUGAUAUUUUUAAUCAUGUUAAGGAAAUAACACUCUCGGAACGGUUGACGCCGACAGACAGCGCUGCGUUUAUAAAUAUAAGAACAUUGGAAGGAACUACUGUUUGUGUUCUGAUAAAUGGUGAAGGUCUCCGGAUUGUUAGUGAUCGAUUUGACUCAAUAGAGCAUGAACAUCCUGACAAUAUUGUAUUUGAAACUCCCUAUUCAUUACUUUCACACAUAAGCCCGGAGUAUAUCAACUCUUUUGGAAACAGUCUAGCGGAAGCACUUAGCAAACAGUUGCAGGAAAAUAUAUUGAAUGAUGAUACAAAACUUGAAAACAGCGAAACUAAUUGUGAAGAUAAGUAGUUUUUCUUUAUUAUAUACAAUAUUUUCUCAUCGUUAAAUACCAAAGAAAAGGAGUUUUAUUUACUUUUAAUUU